UCUGUCACUGGUUAAUUUUCUUUCUUUGUGGCUUGGACGAUUUCAUUGCAAGACCGAGAUUAUAAUGCUUUUUAUUGAUUAAAUUACAGUAUAAAUAACAUCACAAACCUUAGCACUUGCCAAAUAAUGUAUGGCACUGUAACCUUGUUAUAGACAGUGGUAUAAAGUACAGUAAUCACUAACAACUGCAUCAUUGUUCUGUAUGUAAAAAAUGGAACUAUUGGAGCGAAUUUACCGUGCUUUCCACAGUCAGGUUGCUAAUCUUCCGACCACUUUACCAAAAACUGUGGAUUAUGUGAACAAGUCAUUAAGUAAAGUUAGAAUACCACCAAUCACUAAAGACAAUGUCUUAUACUAUUAUUUGCCAAUGCAAGGUUUGGUCAGUUAUACAACUUUGUCAGUAAGUGUGAUGAACCCGCAUUUAAUGGUCAGGUUGUUCCCACGGAGAGAUAUAACUGACAUAUUAUUUCUAUCGGCGGGCACCGGCGCCGGUCUGUGGUUGUGGGCACGGCCCCAUAUGGCUGCUGCUGUACCAGCCAGAAGGUUUUCUUGGGCGUUCCUUGGAGGCUGCCUCUGGCCAUUGGGAUCUAUAUUUUUAUGGGCAAUUUUAAGAAGCUCUGUGGGUCAGAGACCUGUCAUCGGCACUGUACUUGGUGUUACAACUGGAGCUGUUCUUACCAAUAUUGCUUUUGAUUAUUUUCGUUAUGUCGAAUUGAUGUUUUGUGGAGAAUUGCAUAUUCCUGAAGAAACUUACAGUCCCAACAGUGACGAUGAGAAAUAUGAUAUUGAUAUAUAAAUUAAUAUUAAAACUAUUUCGAUGGAUAUUUUGUAAAUAUUAGGGUGGUAAAAGUACUGGAAACUUAUGAGCAUGCAGCUUAUUAAUUGGGCAAAGUGUUAGAGAUAAAUCUGAUUUCCUAUCAGCACUUUUAGGUAGUAAUUAUGUUGAUUGCUGUCAUUGUCUGUUUAGUCUAGUCCUUCUAUCUCAUUUACAGAAUUGGUUAUAAUAAAUUAAUAUUUACUGUA